AAAAGGGGUAAAAAGAAAGCAGCAACCGAUAUCCUACCGACGGCGACUCAGUAUGGCCGGUCGUAACAACCUUACGCCGCCUUCAUCUCUAACCCGCUCCAUGAUUGAACGUCACACCACUCAUCAACACCACCACCUCGAAGAUCGAAUUGCCAUCCAACACCGCGAGAUCCAAUCCCUCCUCCUCGACAACCAACGCCUCGCCGCGGCCCAUGUGGCCCUCAAACAGGAUCUUGCACUCUCCCAGCAGGAAAUCCGCCAUUUAUCGUCGGCCGCUGCUAACGUCAAAUCCGAGAGGGACGCCGAGGUGAGGGAGAUCUACGAGAGCUCACUGAAAAUGGACUCCGAGGCGCGUGCCGUCGAUGCGAUGACCUCUGAGUUGGCUAGGGUACGGGAUGAUGUAAAGAAACUAAUGGUGGAUAACCAGGAGCUAAAGACGCAGUUGGAAGCUGUCAACGAUGAGCUAGUCAAGGCAAGAAUGGAGGCGAAGCAAGUUCCCGUACUUAUGGCGGAUAUUGAAGCUGUAAGGAAAGAAAUCCAUAAAGGAGGGUCUGCUAUUGAACUUGAGAAGAAGACACGUGCUAGCAACCUUGAACAGCGUCAUAUACUUGAAAAAAAUAUGGCCCUUGUGUCUCGGGAACUAGAGAAACUACAUUCAGAACUUGCCAAUGCAGAGCAGAGAGCAAGGGAGACAGCAGCUGUACCAACGACAGCAAUCACAAACCCAAACCCCACAUACACUGGAAACUAUGGAAAUAUUGAUCCCAACUAUGGAGGAAGUUAUUCCAUGCCUCAGGCUGUUGUUGCAUGUCCGCAAUUUGUAGCUGGAGCUGGGACGAUGCCCCCGGUUACUGUAGAGGGCCAAGGGUCUCAUACACCUAGUGUGAAUGGUUUACCUUCUGUGUCGGGAACAGUUUCUACUAUUCCCUCUGAAAACCAAAUAGUUCAGCUAUAACCAUUCUUAACUUUUAUAUAAAAUCCAAUAUCUGAAAUUAGAA